AUGCGCUUCGCACAGCUCACCUCCAUCUUCCGUGCCUUUCAUACCCUGUCGUUUCUCACUCGUGCUACCCGCACAGCUGCGCAACACCAGCAGCCUCUCCUGCAUUCUGCACCGCAGCGGGCCGUGCUCAGGUCUAUGCCCUCGAUACCACUGAUCGGCAGCCUCUUCAGCUCAACCUCUGCCCAGAACAAGAUGUCGUAUCCAGACAAGAGAACCGAAGACGAGUGGAGAGCCGUCCUGUCGCCCGAACAAUUCCGUAUCCUGAGAGAAAAGGGCACGGAGAGACCGGGCACCGGCAAGUUCGACAAGCACUACCCGGAGACCGGAGUAUACACCUGCGCCGGCUGCAACGCCCCCUUGUACAAGGCCACCCACAAAUUCUCUUCCGGGUGCGGUUGGCCGGCCUACUUUGACAGCAUCCCCGGCGCCAUCACCCGCCACGAGGACCGGGCCUGGGGCAUGGCGAGGACCGAGAUUGUCUGCUCCAACUGUGGCGGCCAUCUCGGCCACGUCUUCAAGGGAGAGGGCUUCCCUACACCCACCGAUGAGCGUCACUGCGUCAACAGUGUCUCUCUCAACUUCUCACCCGAGGACAAGCCUGUGGAGCCACUGAAAGAGGAGAGCAAGGCCUAA